GCUCGGAAAGGUUCAUUGGAUGAGGAUGAUCUUGCUGCAUGCACUUUGAAGUACAACGUGUCAGACUUGGCACGCCCGGACAUCGUAGCACUUCUGAGGGCUUGGGCCUUUUCUACGCUCUAACAUCAUCAUCACAGUGUUUCCCUCUUACUCAGAGAGCUGUAUAGACAUACAAACUCUAUACUGCACAUUGCGUUCUUGGGCCCCCUCGUGUUCCAUUAAUUUGAUUUUUUUUUUAAAGAAGUGCUGAUAUAGAGCUGGAAGGAUUGCCGUACUUCUUCAAAUAUUAGGUCCUCGAGCCCGUAAACUCCCGUGUACUGUCAAUUGAUGGUCUCUUCAUCAUACGAAAGUGUAUUCUCGGCUUUACGCACAUCAUCGUGGAGUGAGCUCAGUGGAGGGGGCCAACAACUCGUGAACUACAGGCCUUACGAACGUACCUUCUUCCAUGCUUGCUUGCCUGACUGCCUGCUUACUUCCUUGCUUGUUUCCCCACAUACGACUACAUUGUAAAGGCGAUCUCGAUUAGCUCUGGCGCCUCCUCUGUACUUGCUGUACGUCGUAUAUUUGUCGAGCGAGAAGCGCGACGAGCUGAGGAGAGAACGUCAGAGGCCAACCUCGGCCUGCCUUCAAUUGGAUUUGGACUCGGUCUUGUAAUAGUGCUUUCCUCCAUCCUCCCGUCGCCCUUCGACGGACGAACGAACGAAGGAACGAAAAAGAUCGAACGAAGUACACCGACUACCACCAUCUCUACUUCUACUGCUACUUCACCUCGAUCCCAUUCGACGUAGAGUGCUCAAACAGAGAGAAGCCAAGUACAUCCCACAUUCAAUCUUGCACAACCUUCGAAGACCGCAGGCAAAGGCCGACCGACCAACUAGGGGAGGCCGUGAAGAAAAUACAGUCGGUACCCCCUGUUCCUUCCCUCUGUUGUUAGAGGCGGAGAAGAAGGAGAACACGGCGAACAAACCUGGCGCUUCCUUUGUCGAGCGAGGCUGAAGUCGUGUUUGAAGUAAAGGAACACUUCGAGAGUCCUUGCAUUCAAGGCUUUGAAACAAGACGCCCCAAAAGACAUUCCCGAAUUGAUGUACUCUGGUGCAUUCACUUCUUGUGACUGAAUAAUAUUACAUUACUCAGCAAGAGUGUUGAUUCAAUCAUACACAUACACCCCCGUACUUGAAAUGAUAAGUCGUGAGUGAGGUUGAUCUAAAAUCUUUGAAGACACUUGUUCAUCUUGAUCAUCAUCUCCAAGCGAAGAAAAAAGGACUUCUACCCCGAUCUGCAAGACAUGAUGCUGGCUGACGGACAGUUUGGUUUUUGGAACUCCAAAGUCGAUCUCGCCCACGCCGGUUGUUCCUCUAGCUCAGCACUGGCCUCGAUGAUGACUUCUAAUCCAUCAGGACCUGAACAUUCGGUGGGCAAACCAGGAAAACCCAAGCGCAAACGCCCCAAAUUCAUUCGGAAGGUGGUGUGUAAAGUGUGCGGCGACGUGGCAAACGAUCACAUUCAUUAUGGAGCCAUUGCAUGUUAUUCAUGCCGUGCGUUUUUUCGUCGAGGAGUCAAUGCCAAUGCACCUUAUUAUUGUUCGCAGAGUAAAACUUGCCCCAUCACCAAGCAUACGCGAAAGCACUGUCAGUAUUGUCGGUUCCAGAAAUGUAUGGCCAUUGGAAUGAGAGCUUCUUGGGUGAUGACUGAGGAGGAUAAACAAGAAAAGAAGGAAAAGGCUCGCCUCAAGCGGGUCUCCAAAGUGGGCAAAGAUAGUGGAAGCUUGUCAGAAUCGGGAAUGGUGACGGAGUUCGAUGACCAUGGACCUAUGGGGGACGAGUCUUCACCAUUCGGAGGAAACCACUUCUCCACAGACUCUCAACCAGUCUCCCACCAAAGUCAAGUCUACUGUCAUGAAGACCAAUACCUUUCCAGCGAAGAUCCCCAAAUGUCGUAUUGCUCCGGCUCUCGGGAUUCACUCCACUCCCCUACACCCUCCUCGGCAUUCUCGGAGUACCCCACUGCCUCCCACACGCCUCCGUUUGAUUGUUCCGCCGUGGGACAGAAUGCCCUGUUAGGCUUGGAAAGGUGCACUUCGGGGGCAGGAGGCGACAGUCCCAUCAAUGAUACCGAAGGGUAUCAAUCGAGCGUGGAGUACGUCAGCCCCGCUUCGCCAGUCGAGAUGAAACCGGACAUAUCGUUCUUCGUGGACACCGCCAAUAUUAUUAGGGAUCAGCCGAUCUUACCAUUCACUUCGGAGGAGGCGUUUCUGGUGGAAAAUAUUAUUAACACCGAGGUGGCCACCACCCAAUCGAUUCCAGUCAAUCCUGAGGUACUGAUGGACAUGAUAGAGGCCGCCAAGAGUGGGAAAGUCAUUCCCUAUAGUGCCCUAGUUGAGGGCUACACCACGUGCAUGAGGAGGAUCAUUCAGUUUGUUUCCAAACUGGAUUUUUUCCAGUCCUUCGUGUUGCCUGACCAACGCAAUUUGCUCCUUCAUAAUACAGAUAUGAUCGUGAACCUUCGUUCCGCUCGCCUUCUUAGGCCAGGCAUCAACCUUCAGGCUCAAAUCAACCAUGCUACUGGCGGCCCUUCUUUGGAGAACACCAGCACAUCGAUGGAUCUAUUCAAAUGUCCGGAGCGCUUGGAGUACAAACAGAUUUUCCAAAGCCCUUGGGCUUGCGACGAGAAGCAUGAAGCGCAGUUUGCUUCACUCAUGGAGAACCUGUUCCACUUGGAGAUGGAUCGAACCACUACCACACUGAUGGCCAUGAUUGUUCUGUUCUCGACAAGUUACGCCGAGCUCAAAGAUUCUCACCGGGCUGUUCAAAAUCAAGAGUUCUUCACCCAGUUGCUCUAUCGGUAUUUGGGUUCAGUCAUUGGACGGAAAAAUGCCAUCAAGCUAUUACCCAAAUAUAUGCAUUUGAUCUCACAACUCGAGGAGAUGUCGCAAAUCAUGAUCACCAAGCGACUAACUAUAUAAAUUUGAGGAUAAGACGGAUGUGAAGCCCACACAAACCCUUUUGAGAGCUGAUGGGCGGAAAGAAGAGAUACGUUAAAAUUUGAGUGUGAUUCGCCCAAAUUGCUGCCUUUCAGUUGUUGAAUCUAGUCUACGGAGAGGUGUUAGAUUGCCAGAUACCACAAAAACGAUCCCAUGAUAUUUUCCAAGCCUUGGUAAAUUGGGUAAUGGAUCGAAGAAGUCGCUCCAUCCCUCUUUUUCUCAUAAUCUUGCCGAGGUGGAACACUAGACCUUUUGUUGGCCUGUUUUCCUUGUGUGAUCCACUUUGUUCUGCCGUGAUGAGAUACCUCGUUCAAAUGCCCUUAGUCCAAAAACGUUUAGAAUUUUCGUUUGGUCCCAAGGGGUGCCAUCUAACUCGAAUCAAAGAAAGUAUAUUUCAACGACUAUUAUAAUAAAUAUGCAAUAUUGAACUUCAAUCAAAUAAACUCUAUAUUCGUGAGUA